UCUCCUCUCUGAUACUACUGCAAGAAAGAGUCCAUUCUCUCACCAGUGAGCAGUGAAGAACAAAUCAAUCCUUCAGGUUCCGAUCUGGGCAGGAACAGAAACUUAACCAUGGCAUCAGGUCCUCUUCUCUUCUUUCGCGAUACCAACUGCAACAAUGCGGAAAAGGAAGAAGCCAGUACUGAGGAAUGGGAUAAGUUUUCUGCCAUGUUGCAGAAGAGGCAUGCAACCGCUGCCGCUUCUCCGGCCUUCCGGGACGAAGUCGAUGAGGAGGAUGAGAGUGGGUCUUCAUCUGCAAGCGAUCACGAUAAGCAGCAGGAGGCUGCCGAAGAUCUCCGGUACCGGGCCGAGUCCUUCCGGGCGCUGCACGAAGGGGUGGUUGAUGGCCAAAGCAGCGUGAAGGAGAAGUGUGCUUGGCUAAGGUCUCAGCUGGUUGGGGAGGAUGUUGAGUUCGAAACUCCAUUUGGGAAGCGCCUCCUCACCUACGCCGACCACACCGCCUCCGGCAGGAGCCUCCACCAUAUUGAGAACUACCUCAUCCAGAAAGUCCUGCCUUUCUACGGCAACACUCACACCGACGACAGCUUCGUCGGCCACCGGACGACGAAGAUGGUGCAUGAGGCGGCCGAAUACAUAAAGGCUUGCAUGGGGGGCAUCGCCGACGAUGCCUUGCUCUUCUGCGGCUCGGGGACGACGGCGGCGAUCAAGCGGCUACAGGAGGUGAUGGGCAUCGCCGUGCCGUCCACGAUGAGGUCGAGGGUGCUCGGCACGCUGAGGCCGGAAGAGAGGUGGGUGGUGUUCGUGGGGCCAUACGAGCACCACUCCAACCUGCUCUCGUGGCGGCAGUCGCUGGCGGAGGUGGUGGAGAUCGGAGUGGACGGGGAGGGGCUGGUGGACAUGGAGAAGCUGCGCAGGGAGCUGAAGUCGGCCAAGUACGCGAACCGACCGCUGCUGGGUUCGUUCUCCGCCUGCAGCAACGUCACGGGGAUCUAUUCCGACACUCGGGCCUUGGCUCGGCUCUUGCACGAGCAUGGCGCCUUCGCUUGCUUUGACUUUGCUGCCAAUGGACCAUAUGUGAAGAUUGACAUGCGAUCCGGGGAGCUCGAAGGGUAUGAUGCAGUAUUCUUGAGCCCUCACAAGUUCGUGGGCGGGCCUGGCACACCAGGGAUUCUGCUCAUGAGCAAGACCCUCUACUGCCUCUCUUCAUCGCCUCCUUCAACCUGUGGUGGAGGCACUGUCGCCUUCGUCAAUGGCUUCAAUGAGCAGGAUACCUUAUACCACAAGGACAUAGAAGAGAGGGAGGACGCCGGAACUCCGGCGAUCGUCCAGAAGAUCAGAGCGGCCCUGGCCUUCUGGGUGAAGGAGUACAUGGGCUACCACCUCAUCGACUCCCAGGAGACCUUUUGGCUCGGACGCGCUCUCAAGAGGCUGCUCUCCAACCCCAACGUAAUCGUCCUCGGCAACACCAAGGCCAAGCGCCAGCCCAUCAUCUCCUUCUUGGUCCGCACGACCUCUCCGGCGGAGACGACGUCCUUCGGCGAGAAAGGGGAUCCGAAAAGCGGCGUAUUCAUGUGGGGGGAGAGGGCCACAAGGAGAGACAAACCCCUCCAUGGCCGCUUCGUCGCCAAGCUCUUGAACGAUCUCUUUGGAAUCCAAGCGCGUGGCGGCUGCUCCUGUGCCGGCCCCUACGGCCAUGUCCUGCUGGAAGUGGGCAAGGAGAAGUCGCUGGCCUUUCGUUCUGCCAUCCUAAAGGGUUACAAUGGACUCAAGCCGGGAUGGACGAGGGUCAGUUUCUCAUACUACAUUUCCUACGAAGAAUUCGAGUUCAUACUUGCCGCCAUUGAGUUCAUUGCGAUCUACGGCCAACGCUUCCUCCCGCUCUACCGCUUCAACUGGAAGACCGGCGACUGGACGUUUAGGAAGAGCGCGAUCGGCAGCAUCGUGAAGGGCAGCCAUGAACGAGCAGGCGGAGACUUCCCGCCAUCACCUUCCAGUUCGAACACGUCGCUUGUCGAACGCAAGUACGUGUCAUAUCUCCAGAACGCCAAACUUGUCGCCAAGAACCUUCAAAAAUUUCCGGCAGCCCGGCGAGUGCCCGCUGGCGUCGACGUCGACCUCAUCCUCUUCAGAAUCUGAUGGCCAAUGUUUUGUAUUGACCUACUUUGCCAAGAGA